AUGGCUACUGGAUUUCCUCCAUUUCCGAAGUUUGAUGUCUCAGAUCAAAGUUCAAUAGGACAGCGUUGGAAAAAAUGGAUCCAGCGAUUUGAAAAUUUCGUCCUUGCUAUGGGAAUUACUAGGAAUGAUCGCAAAAGGGCAAUGCUCUUACACUAUGGAGGAGACGAAGUUUACAACAUCUUCGAUACUCUUGCAGACACCGGUGGACCAAAUGACUAUGAUGCAGCUAAGACAAAACUGACGGAGCACUUCAACCCAAAGAAAAACCUUGAAUUCGAAAUAUACAAAUUUAGACAAGCUAAAAAACGAUCAGGUGAAAUAAUGGAUUCCUAUCAUAAAAGACUGUGGCAAUUGGCAGAAAACUGUGAGUUCGAAGUUGUAGAUAAGGAAAUAAAAUCACAAAUUAUUCAGGGAUGUGAGUCAAGUCGUCUUAGACGCAAAGCGCUGCGUGAACCUGACUUAACUCUCCAACAAAAUCUAGAUUCAGCGAGAGCCAUGGAAGUCUCACAACUCCAAGCCUCCGGUAUGGAAGACCAUAAGAGUCAAGACGUACAUCUAAAUGCUGCAAACAGGAAAGUGAAUUCGUCUAAACAAAGGAAACAAAGAGAACCUACAAGUAAGUGUCGCAAUUGUGGAAAGGAAUGGCCACAUAAAGAUAGACCGUGCCCAGCAAAGGACAAAGCGUGUAACAAAUGCAAGAAAAUCGGACAUUUUGCAAAGCAGUGUAGGUCUGGCCAGAAACAGGAUACAAGAAAUUUCAACCGCACACCCAAAUCAAAGAAACCUGGUGUAAACAAUUUGGAUAAUGGCAGUAGUGAUGAAGAAUAUGCUUUUGGAUUACAAAUAUGUGCAACAAAAUCUUUGCCUAUCGCAAAUGUCAAAAUAAAUGGGAUUAAAGUUGACAUGCUGGUGGAUUCCGGAGCAAGUGUUACUGUCAUGGAUGAGUCGACGUUUGAAAGAGUAAGUCGCAAGAAACCAAUUAAAUUGUCAAAAUCAAAUGCUAAAGUUCAUGCUUACGGAACGAAAGCGGCGUUACCAAUAAGAGGUAAAUUUCGAGCUGAAAUAGAAUCUAAACUCAGGAUUAUCGACACUGAAAUUCUUGUGGUGAAGAGUGCAAGUGGAUGCUUACUUAGCUGCGCUGACGCACAAAAACUUGGACUCAUUUCGAUUACAAUAAAUGCUGUAGACCAAAAUGAACGUACUGACCAAUCCAGUAUACUAAUGAGAUUUGCUGAUCGAUUUGAGGGGAUAGGAAAGCUGAAAGACUUUCAGGUGAAACUUCACAUUGACGAAACAGUGAAGCCUGUUGCGCAACCACAUCGCAGAAUUCCGUUUCACCGACGAAAGGAAUUAGAACAAGAGCUAAAGAAACUGGAAGAAAUGGACAUCAUAGAAAAAGUUGAUGGACCGACUCCGUGGGUGUCACCAAUUUUAGUAGCUCCAAAACCUAAAAAUCCUGACCAAGUGAGAGUUUGUAUUGACAUGAGAAGAGCUAACAAAGCCAUACUGAGAGAACGCCAUGUCAUGCCUACAAUCGAUGAACUUGUCACUGAUUUGAAUGAAGCUAAGAUAUUCUCAAAACUGGACCUAAACAAAGGCUAUCACCAACUUGAGUUAGCACCAGAAUCGAGAUAUAUCACAACAUUUUCAUCACAUGUUGGACUGUUUCGCUACAAAAGACUUAUUUUCGGAGUAAAUUCGGCAGCUGAAGUUUUCCAGGCGGUCAUCCAACAAACCAUUGAAGGAAUACCUGGAACACGCAAUAUAAGUGAUGAUAUUAUUGUGUAUGGCAAGUCCCAGGAGGAACACGACAAUUCGCUACAGUUGCUCUUAACUCGACUGCGGGAACGAAAUCUAACGCUCAACAAAGAUAGGUGUGAGUUCAACAAAAGAAAGCUUGUAUUCUUUGGAUUUUUUUUCUCUGAAAAUGGGAUAUCAGCUGACCCCAAGAAAGUUGAGGCAAUCAAACAUGCAUAA